AUGGCUUUCAGGUGCUCGAAGCUCGCGCUGCAGGCCGCCGCCGCAAAGCCAUCGUCUUCGGCACUCAUCUCGGGCGCUUCGGCUUCUUCGUCGAGCCGGGUCAUCUACCAAGCGGCGCGGACGUUGGCAUCUUCGUCCCGAGCCGCUGCACCCGCCGAGGCCGCGACGCUCAACCAGCUAAGGAAGGAGCAAUCGCUCGGUUCUACGCUUCGGGGAAGCGGCCAGCCCUCGUCUUCUUCGUCUGCCGCCGCCACUGAUGCUGUCUCUGCCUCGACCGCGACCGGGCAGAAGCCCGAGCCCGAGUUUGAGAUCCCCUCGUGCCUACUGCCCACCGAGACCCAACCAAAGACGCACGGCAUCCACGUCGCCACACUCCACCUCCGCUGCUACGGCGACUCGCUGCAGAACCUCGACCUCCUUUGCGACUUUGCACGCAAGGCCGCCUUCUCGCUCGGCAUCCCCGUGUCGGGCACCGCCCACCUGCCCGUCCGCACCGCCCUCUGGACGGUGCCGAGAAGCCCCUUUGUGCACAAAAAGAGCCAGGAGAACUUCUGGCGCAAGACGCACAGCCGCGCCAUCAAGGUGUUUGACGCCAACGACGAGGUCGUCGACCGGUGGCUCCACUUUCUGCGCAUCCACGCGCUCCCCGGUGUCGGCAUGAAGGCGGAGCUCAUGAGGUAUCACGAGGUCGGCAUCGGAUCCAAGCUGAUGGAGGAGGCGCAGGCGCUGCAGCGGCCCAGCGCCGCCUCUCUCUCCGACAGCAGCAGCGGCAGCAAGGCGGAAGCGGCGGGCGGAAAGACAAAGGAGCAGAGCGCCGAGGACAUCAAGCGCAUCGCCGACGACAUUGUCGCAAAGGAGGUGGAGAAGGACGGCGGAUCUGCGACAUCGACCGAGGGCACGAGCGGAAGCGGAGGCGGAGGCACCGCCUAG